AUGCAGUUCUACCCCAAAGCACGAGAGCAGCGGCCCAGCAUCAACCAUCCAUCAGUUCGGCCACGACGAUUGGCGGUGCUCAGGGCCGCGGGAGUGAACCUUCUGCUACUCCAGUUCCUCUUUUUGGGAUUGUUCUGCUACAUUUUUGGCUCUCUUUUCCAGCAAACUUCUCACACUCAUCAAGUGAAUAUCCUUUUUGUGGACUACGAUGGCGGUGCCAUAGGAAGUGCAGUGCGCGGGGCGUACGAAAAACUACAAGGACAAGGGUUCCCAACUCUUAUGGAGCGAUCUGUUUCCGCGUAUCCGCAGCCGGGAUUGAUUGAGGGUGCCGUGUGCGACAUCAAGUUCUGGGGAGCUGUAUAUACCACUGCAAAUGCGUCGAAUGCCUUGACGGCUGCCUUGGCAGGAGGAUCGGCAGCAUCAACCUACGACAAAAACGAUGUGCUCACCAUGGUGUGGAACGAAGCGCGAUACCCGACCGCCGUGGACUCGGCAAUCGAAAGCAACUUGAAAACGCUAUCGCAGUCUGCCCGGGUGAUGUAUUCCGAAGCAAACGGGAAGCAAGCACUGCAAGAUCUGAAUACCUCUGACCCCGCUGCGAUGGCGAUUCUAUAUGAUCCGUGGACAUUGUCCUCCAUGAACCUCCAACCCACCAAGCAAGGCUCACGCCUGAUCUACAACACUCUCGUGAUUAUCUUGAUCAUGAUCCAAGAGUUCUUCUACCUCGGUACCGUCAAUGGUCUCUACGUCCAAUACAAACUGUACUCAUCCGUCCGGCCUCACCGAAUGGCCAUCGUCCGUCUCAUCAUCUCAGCCGGCUACACGCUUAUCGGGGCGCUGUGCACAGCAGGUGCCAUAUGGGCAUUCCGAAGUGGCUGGCACGUGAAUGGAAAUCAGUUCGCGCUCACAUGGGCUGUCCUCUGGCUCUUUGCGCAUUUGAAUUUCCUCGUCCUGGAUGUCUUCACCAUCUGGCUUCCGCCGCCUUACGUCCCUAUGGCUUUGAUCACUUGGAUCAUCACCAAUGUCACUUCGAUUCUUCUGCCCUUCGAACUUUCCCCCGCCUUCUACAAAGUGGGUUUCGGGCUACCUGCUCAUGCCGUCUUCCAGGUCCUCCUCGAUAUCUGGUCCGGAGGCUGCAACCCCCAAUUGUACUAUGCUCUGCCCGUCCUCUUCGUCUUCGAGAUUCUCGGCAUUGCGGGAAGUACCGUGGGCGUGUACCGGCGCGCUCAUUACGCAAGUAUCAAAGCUGAAUCGGACGAGAAGGCCUGCGAAGAACGUGUCGCGGCGGCGCUGCUCCAGCAACAGGAGGCUCAACUUGUGCGCCAGGAGACUCUUCAAGAUGUCGACAGUGCCUCGGAUGCGGAGUCGCAGAUCCCCAGUCAGAGACCCAGACGGGGCACUGUCGACACUACCAAAGAUCAGGAAGAUUUAAUGGGCAUCAUUCGCCGUGAGAUGUCUCGGCCGAAUGUUGAAAGUUCAGAAGACAGGCGGAGUACUACUGGGCCAUCGUUUUCCCUGCCUUUUAAGGACUAA